GGCCCGCCUCCGGGGCUGAAGCUUUUACCGCGUCCGAGGCGCGUCUAACCGGAGUCGGGGAGACGCAGAGCUGUUAUCUUUUGGUCUCUGGCGCCUAAACCAUCCCAGAACCCGUGAUGACAAAGCUGCUACGUGGGGCGAGAAAUAGUCGGGGUUGAGCCCCAGCUGGGCCGACGGCUCGCACUCUUCUGGUCUCUUUGGCACGCCUAUCCUGAAGAAAUGAGUGGUGGAUUGGCUCCAAGUAAAAGUACAGUGUAUGUAUCCAACUUGCCCUUUUCCCUAACAAACAAUGACUUAUACCGGAUAUUUUCCAAGUAUGGCAAAGUUGUAAAGGUUACUAUAAUGAAAGAUAAAGAUACCAGGAAGAGUAAAGGGGUUGCAUUUAUUUUAUUUUUGGAUAAAGAAUCUGCGCAAAACUGUACCAGAGCAAUAAACAAUAAACAGUUAUUUGGUAGAGUGAUAAAAGCAAGCAUUGCUAUUGACAAUGGAAGAGCAGCUGAGUUCAUCCGAAGGCGAAACUACUUUGAUAAAUCUAAGUGUUAUGAAUGUGGGGAAAGUGGACACUUAAGUUAUGCCUGUCCUAAAAAUAUGCUUGGAGAACGUGAACCUCCAAAGAAGAAGGAGAAAAAAAAAAAAAAGAAAAUUCCUGAACCAGAAGAAGAAAUUGAAGAAGUAGAAGAAAGUGAAGAUGAAGGGGAAGAUCCUGCUCUUGACAGCCUCGGUCAGGCCAUAGCUUUCCAGCAAGCCAAAAUUGAAGAGGAACAGAAAAGAUGGAAACCCAGUUCAGGGGACUCCUCAACAUCAGAUGAUUCAAGACGCCCAAGGAUAAAGAAAAGCACAUAUUUCAGUGAUGAAGAAGAACUUAGUGAUUAAAAUUAAUAUUUAUUGUGUAAAUAUCGUUAAAAUAAACGAUAUUUAAAAUAAAGAAAAUCUUAAAAUA